CAGCCCCAACUGCGUGGAUCUACACGUGGCGGGUCGGGUUGCGGCAGUGCCAACAGCAGCUGGAAAACACCUGCAGGUGCUGAGGGCUCAUCCAGCUGGAGGCAGUGGAGGAUUAGGCACAGGAGAGAGCUGAGCACUUGCAGAGCCUUUGGCACUUCAGCCCUGGAUUUGGCAGCAGCUAGAGGAAGCAGUCGUGGGGCAAGGCAAGGAAACAUUUCGGUGAGAUCUGGCUGGUUGUUCACCAUGAAUGUGGCUGUUCUCCUCCUCCUGGCGCUGGGGCUGUUGGAGGCAGAAGGCAGAUGUUUCUUCAAUCGCACUCAGGAGCACUGUGUGUGCUACAACCUGUCUGAGGAAAGCAUAAACAGCAUCGUUCAGUGCCUUGCAGCCACUGCUGUGGAGUUUCGUGGAGGAGAGCUGGAGAGAUACGUAGCCUUCCCCAUCAGUGACCUGGACCCCUCCACCAUUGAAAUGCUGGGCUCUCUUAUAAUCCGGAAAGUAAUUUUUGGUGAUCUCCUGGUUCCUGAGAUACUCCUCGCCCGAGUCCUGAGGUUCUUCUCCUACACCCAUGUGCAGGAGCUGGUGUUUGACAGCUGCAUUUUUGAGGGGAGAGGCAACUGGGAUGAAAUGGCUGGCCAGGACUUGCCCAUAUUGUCCCUGCACUUCCACAACGUGACGUCUGCCCCGCUGACGGGCCGUGAGCAGGACCUGUCCAGUCUGAGCAGCUGGCUGGAGACCCUGCAGGAGCUGUCUAUCACUGGCUCCCAUGUCACCAGCCUGCCCUGUGGCAUCGGAGGUGUGUUCAGAGCUCUGCGCUUCCUGGACAUGGCACAAAAUAGCCUUGAGGAUGAGAGCCUGAUGCCCGCAUUCUGCAAGGGGGCUUUCCCUCAGCUCCAGGUACUGGGUCUGCAGCGCAACAACCUGAAAUCCUACCACAGGGUGUGCGAAAGUGUGCAGCUGCUGCCUGAGCUCCAGCAGCUGGAUCUCAGCCAGAACAGGCUCAUGGCAGACCCAUCCUCCUCCUGCCAGUGGCCACUGUCCCUCCAGGUUUUUAACUUGUCCAACACUGGCUUGGAUGAAGUCCUCACACCUCUGCCUCCCAGUCUAGAAGUGCUGGACAUGAGCUGCAACCACCUCCAUGCUGUAGACAUCUCCCUCAGCUCCCUGAAGAAGCUCUUCCUGAGCCAAAACAUGCUGCAGGCUGCCCCCUCCAUCAAGAAUUACCCUGUCUUGGACACCCUCCACCUAGACAACAACUCGAUUACAGAGCUGCCAGGGGAUGAGGUGAAGCUCCUGGGGCACUUGCAGGAUGUGGCUGUGGCUGGCAACCCCUACAACUGCUCGUGCUCUGGGGCCGGGGGUCUCCAGGCACUGGCGGGUAUGGGGCACCUUGGGCAGGGCUGGCCCCACGACUACACGUGUCACUCCCCUCCCCACUACCAGGGCAGGCUGGUGCAGGAUGUGCCGGUCUCGGUGCUGCAGUGUAACAGUGCUGUGGUGAUUGCUCCUCUCUGCAUUGCCCUCACCCUGCUCAGCUUGGCCGGGGCCGUCUGCCUGGUGAGAUCCAGGCCUCGGCUUGUCCGGCCCUGCUGCAGAGUGUGAAGGGGAUGUGUGACCAUUCCCAUCGGUGCUUCCCUGCAGGGGCUCGGCCCCAGGGGCUGCAAGGCCAGGAGAUCUGUGGGAAGGCUCACAGGACCCCCUGUUGCUGGUGAGGGGCUCUCUCAGUGCCCCCAGUCCAGGCUCCCCUGUGGAGCAGGACUGUCCUCAGCAUUAUCCCACAGUGCCUGUGGCUUUGCCCACUCAGGUUUUGGGGAAACCCCCAAGCAAAGCCCCUUUCCAUGCUCUGUCCCAGGGCUGCACCUUCCCAGAGGAGUUUUCCUUAUGGCCAACUCCCCAAGCCCCAACAUGCCCCAUCUCCCCUAUGGUAUCAUCUGUCCUGACCAAGAGUUCAGCCCCAUCAUAUUUGCAGCACCGCAGGCGGCGCUCAGAUGCCUGGAGCCUCACUGAGGUCUGUUGGACCCUGCCGAGAGCCCUCCCCACUCCCUGUAGCCCUGUGCCCCCAGCUCAGCCAUCCUUGCAGCCUCCACUCAUCCUCCACCUCUCCUCACCGGGGUCAAUGGCUGGGCCAUGGCUGUGAGGAUGUAUGGUUUGUGAGGAUGUCUGCUUAACUGCUAUUGAGCAUAAGAGGAAAACGGCAAAAGACAGGAAAAUGAAUAAACUAAACACGCCUAUAGAGAGCUAACAGUAACAGAGACAGCAACCAAGACCUGAGCUCUCAAGAUACUGGUGGAUGAACCUCUCAAGUGUGACACUGAAGAGGUUCGACCAGAAACUUUUUAACUGAUAAGAAGAAAAUUUAUUUAUUCUGGCUUCAGGGUUAUUCAGAAAACAUCUCACAGAAAACUUAUUAGAGGAUGCUUAAAGAGAUCAGAGGAACCCAAAACUUUCUGGGGAAUGCUUAUGGGAAGGAUCAAAGGGAGGAUCAUGGCGGGUGGGUGGGGAAGGAACAAGGAUGGGAGGAUGGGGAUGGGGAAGAAAGGGGCUCUUUGUGGGUAGACAGCAGUCAUUUGGCCAAGCCCUGCACUUCAUCC